AUGCCGUCCUUAUUCUCGCCGCUGGCCCUCCGCACCCUGCGGACACUCAUCACACGCCCGACCCUCCCCGCAACAAUCACCAAACCCACCCCCCGAUUCCAGCCCGUCUUCCGCACACCCGCCGCCGCGCAAGUACUCACCAAGCCCUCCUCCCUCAUCAGACACUUCACAACAUCUCCCUUUCGCCAAGCCACAUACAACCAAGUCCGCAAGGGCUGCCGAACCACACAAGCUGCCCGGCGCUCUCGGUCGCCGGCGCUCGUUGGCCGCGCGCAGAUGAAGGGUGUCUGCUUGAAGACGGGUAUCACGAAGCCGAAGAAGCCGAACUCCGGUGAGAGAAAGACGGCAAGAAUUAGGUUGAGCAGUGGGAAGGUGGUUUCGUGUAUUAUCCCUGGUGAAGGCCACAAUGUCCAGCAGCACAGUGUCGUUCUUGUCCGCGGAGGCAGAGCGCCGGAUUGUCCCGGUGUUAAGUACCAUCUCAUCCGUGGAGCGAUGGAUCUGGGAGGUGUCUCGGCUCGGUUGACUAGCCGAUCCAAGUAUGGUACUAAGAAGCCCAAGCGGGACUAG